ACGUUUUACAAGACGCCCCCUCCAGUCCAAAUAGCGUUAUGUAAUACUUGAACGGCCCCUAAUAUGUACAUAUAAUUGAGAAUUAAGCAUAUUAUACAGCAUACAUAGUAAAAAUCUAUGGUGGAAAGUAUAAUUAAUAUAUUCUCUUUGCAGUAUAUUAUGGUAACCAUGGUUUCGGAACUUAUUCGUUAGCAUUGUAUUAUAAUAAAAUUCUUGUAGGUACGUAGUUUGAUACUAAUACAUUUAUAACAUGAGUUUUUGCGUGGAUUUGGUUUCUGAAGACUCAUUUUAUGAAAACAUAACAUUAGGCGUGACUAAGCUCCUUGAAUCAGAUCCUCGUAUAUGUAACGUUAAUGUGGAGCGAAGAGCUCCAUGUGAUCGAGUAGCACUUUCAAAUUGGGAACAAAGACACUCAGCGAUAUUGCCCGAAGAUAUCCGAAAUUUUUAUGCUUCCAGUGAUGGCUUUCAGCUAACCUGGCACUACAAAUAUUCUGCUGAUGAAAUUCUUCCGGUCGGUUCGAUUAAAGUAAACUCACUUAUCGAGCUGUGUCUUUCACCUGGUUUGAAGGACCUUGUUGACUUUUCCUUAACGAGGCAGAACACAGGUUCGCGGCCAAUAUUAAACACAAAGAGCAAAGUCUUUGAGUUGGAUACUUGUAGAACUAUUGGGAAGGUGUGUUUGCUGUACACCGGGGGUUCAUGGUCUAUUUGGCUUGUUACACGAGAAGGAGCAUGGGGAUGGUUGGCGGAUUCUUUCACACACUAUUUCCGAAUGGCCCUUGUUCAUUUGGGUUUGCCUGGAUGGCAAGCGGCCUUUGCUAAUUUGCCGCUGAUUCCUUGGGCAGAGCAACUCUUCUUAUUACUUGCACCGCAUUUGUUGGAGAAGAACGAAACAGAGAAGAACUUGAUCUCUGUUGGAAGCGAAACAGGAUUAAAUCAUAUUGACCCUAAUAUAUUUAAAACAUCGGUACGCCAUCAUAAAAAUGUAACGCGCCAGAAUAAUGCAUAAAAUAUCACCAAUAUUUGAGUGGUAGGCCAAUAAAAGUAUUCAAAGACCAUACAAA